GCGACGGCGGUGGCGGCGGUGAGCGCGUUGGAGCCCGCGCGGAAAACAUGCGGCGGGGAUGGGAGUGAGCCUAGCCUCGACGCGGGAGAGCCAGCAGCCCUGCCGCCGGCCGCCGGCCCCACUCCCCCAGAACCCGAGCCCUGCGGAGCUCCCGGUGGCCCGGCUCCGAGGCUCUGUGGCCGCGCGGGGCGCCCCUGCCAAGCCACACCAUGAACACCAUCGUCUUCGACAAGAUCAACGGCGCCGUGCUUUUUGAAGACCACGGCGUUCCGGAGCGGGAGCUGGGCGGCCGGCCCUAUGGCGGCGUCCUGGACAGUCCCCAUGGCCGUCCCGAGAUGGGCAUUCCGGAAGGCCCACCCCUCAAGGACAACCUCGGCCUGAGACACCGAAGGACUGGGGCCCGGCAGAACGGCGGGAAGGUGAGGCACAAGCGACAGGCCCUGCAAGACAUGGCGCGGCCCCUCAAGCAGUGGCUUUACAAGCACCGUGACAAUCCGUACCCCACCAAGACCGAGAAGAUACUCUUGGCGCUCGGCUCGCAGAUGACGCUAGUGCAGGUGUCAAAUUGGUUUGCUAAUGCAAGACGUCGACUUAAGAAUACUGUUCGACAGCCAGAUUUAAGCUGGGCAUUAAGAAUAAAGUUGUACAACAAGUAUGUUCAAGGAAAUGCUGAGCGGCUUAGUGUAAGCAGUGAUGAUUCGUGUUCCGAAGAUGGAGAAAACCCUCCAAGAAGCCACAUGAACGAAGGGGGCUAUAAUAAUCCGGUCCACCAUCCUGUGAUUAAAAAUGAGAGCUCAGUCAUAAAGGCUGGAGUGAGGCCAGAGUCACAGGCCAAUGAGGACUACGUGUCACCCCCCAAAUACAAGAGCAGCUUAUUGAACCGUUACCUUAAUGACUCUUUGAGACAUGUCAUGGCCACAAAUGCUGCCAUGAUGGGAAAGACAAGGCAAAGGAACCAUUCGGGAUCUUUUAGUUCCAAUGAAUUUGAGGAAGAGUUAGUGUCUCCUUCAUCAUCAGAAACCGAAGGGAACUUCGUUUAUCGCACAGACACUCUGGAAAAUGGAUCCCAUAAGGGCGACAGUGCAGCUAAUAGAAAGGGAGCGAGCAAGGAUGACACGUACUGGAAGGAGAUCAACGCGGCCAUGGCCUUGACGAAUCUCGCACAAGGAAAAGACAAACUGCAGGGAACCACCAGCUGCAUCAUCCAGAAGUCUUCGCAUAUAGCGGAAGUAAAGACGGUCAAGGUGCCCCUGGUGCAGCAGUUUUAAUAGUUUGUCGCUUUCCAGAUCGAUGGCUGUCCUUCACACCAGUGUUUUUUCAUAAGUCCUCAUCUUAAGAGCUGAAGCAAGAGUGAAAAUGACUCCCUUUCAAACCUCUCUUUAUUUUUAAAUAUCCUGAAUAUAUCAUUCAGUUGCUUCUGUAAAAGACAUAAGUUAUAAAAAAACUUACUUUAAUCUAAAAUAUUAACUUAUUUUAUGUUACUCAAACUAUGCAUACAGUGUCUGCAUUGCCAUCACAGUAAGUGCCUUGCUUCCCCAAAAUAAGCUACAACGUGGGCACAGCAGAGCAGCUAUGCCUCAAAAUGACAACGCCGUAAUGCUUGCUAGUCUGUGUGUCAUCCCAGAUGGACCUGACCAGUCCAGGACUGAAACCAUAAUUGCCAAAGCCCUUGAAACACAUUCAACAAGUUACAUGUUAAAAUUUGGAAAUCUUUCAGCCCAAAUGAAAUUUUCCUUUAAGAAAAACGUCUGUCGUAUGUAAAAUUGUUCAGUGUGCUUUUCAGAGAGACAGUGAGACUUUUAUGCAUGCGUCUUGCCUGCGUAUCUGAUACAUUACAAACUUCCAAAAUGAAAGGAGCAGUGAUCACAUAAUGUGUAUAUUUAAGAAGAAUCGCAAUGACUACGUUGUGAUCAGAAAAACUUUCCAAGCACUUCUGGAAAGUACAAUGCCCUUCAGAAUCAAUUUGGAUUUUCUUUUUCUCAAGUUUUGCUGAAGUAUUACGUUUAUCAUAUAGAUAACAGGAAAUUUUCCUUUGUAGAACUAAACUUAUAGUUUAGUUUUAAAACAUAACCUUGUUUGCAUUAAAGUUCAGUUAUUUUUGUGGUGCAAAUUGUUUUUCAUAAAGAAUGGGUAAAAACCUUUUAUUUGGUUCACUUCAAAUUAAAUUGCUGAUGGGCAAUUUAUUUUGCAAUGAGAACAAGAUAAUGAAAGAAAUGUAUCUCUGUGAAUAUACAUAUACAUACAUAAAAUUGAUUUUAAAAUUUAAAACAUAUGGACAACAAAACAUUGAACAGUCUCUGAAUUAUGCCAAGUAGGAUAUAAAGUAAAAAUUAAGUGAAAUUGUGCAUUAAAAGAAAGAACAUUUUGUUUCUAAAUUAAGAUAUCAUUGAGUGAGAAUAAUCAAUAUCAUGAAAGAAGACUAUUUUUUUCAGUCAAACAAUCAUAUUCUAAUCAGCUUGGGGAGACUUGAAACUUGAAUAAGCAGUGGAGAUGCCAAAUAUAACAGCGUUUAUGUGCUACAGAGAAAUAAAAAGGAUUUGACCCUCUUAUGAGGGAUGAGUUUUUUGUGUAUGUAAUGUAUUUUGUAAUUUUUUAAAAAACUGGAAAGCAUUUUGUGAGUGUGAAUGAGAGCCAGUAAUGCAGCCAUUUGGUGACAUUUUUUUUUAUUUUGCAAAAUGCUUUUAAAACCAAAGGCUGCUCUAGUUGUUAUGUGGACAGUAUCAAUCUUGACAUAAAUUGUAGGACACUUUUUCAUGUAACAUAGCAUUUGGGAAUUGGGUUUAUUUAGUGUAAUUAAGAUAAUUUGAUAUAAAAAUAUUUUGUAUAUAUAUAUUUUUACUUUGUUUUCUAAAUUGCUGUUUGCAGUAACAGUAAGUGCAAAGCAAGAUAUGUAAGUUAUGACUGUAUGAUCAGAUGAAGUACAUGGUCUUUUAGUUUACAUCCUUAAGUACUUACAGAUCCGUAAUAAUAAAAACUGUUUCAUCUUUGUAAAACAAUUUUGCCACAAUGGGGUCAUAUCAAUGAUAACUAAAAACAAGUACUUCACUCUUUUUCAUACUACUAUAAGUUAUUCUGGUAUUAAAUAUUUUAAUAAAAUUGUUUCAUUUUGACAUAUUCCUGUUAGAUGAAUGGAUGCUGGUUGUUUUUCAUUUGAAUUAGCCAUAAUUCAUUUUUGCCAUUUAAAAAAAUCAACAAAUUUAUUCUAUGUUGUAAACUAUGGAUGACAAGCCAAUAAAGGACAGCUAUUCACAUAAUUUUUUUUAAAAUACAAACAUUUGGAGUCUAGCCUAUAAACACAUCAAGAAGUUUUUGUAAUUAGCACAUCCUUGGCAAUAUCUCCAAUUGUAAUUAUUUUUAAUUUUUUUUUCUCUUGCUGCUUUAACAUUCUCUGGAAACUAAAGUCCCCCCAGUCCUUUAAAAGAAUCUUGAACAACGCUGAGCCAGCAGCUGAAAAUCUAACUCAUAAUUUAUGUUGUA